CCUCUGGGUGACAUCCCAUAGGCUUUGUAUCAUUAAUUGUUAUUGUUUGUGUUCACUGUACCAGUUUUCUAUGGUUCAUUACGUAACAGCUUUCUCACCUAAAAGUAUGGUUGAUUUUUAAAGGGUUCUCUUUCAUAAAAUAAAUUGCUUCCAAUUUUUUUUUCCAACAUCAUUCUGUCACACAUCCCCCCAGAAUGAUAGUGAAACCAAAACAGAAGAUGCAUUUACACUGCAGAUACUGCAGAUGCCAUUUUAAAGCUGUGCUGCCUGGUUCUGAGAAGGAGUGAGAACAAACACUGAGCUGCUUGGGCUGGAAGGCACCUCUUGGCUGAAAUUAAAAAGGGACCCUAACUGGAAACAUGCUGUUUUCUUUUCUAAUAUCGGCCUUGCUGGUCGGUGCAGCAUUAUUACUUGUGAGUGGACAGCGUCUACUACCAUUGUUAUUAUUGACCCUUCUGGUCGGCGCAGCCUUAUACGGUCUAACUGGAAAGAUUCUAAUGGGAUUGUUAAUAGUGACCCCAUUGGCCGGCUCAGAAUUAUAUGGUCAGCGUGACACUUUAAUAAAAGCAAUAGCCACUCAGGUCGAAAAACUGGGUUGUAUGGGACCCGGUAUCCAGAAUGUUCGAAACCUGGGGUCUUCCAGAGAGUUUUCAGCAGGCGGAAGUGGGCAGAUUCUUAUACCACCGUUAUCAUUAGCAGCUCUGCUCGGUGCAGGAUUAUUUGCUCUAACUGGAAGCCUUCUGACAUCAUUGUUAUCAUCAGGAUUUCUCCUCGGUGCAGGAUUGUCUAAUCUAUGGGACAAAAUGAAAAACAUAUGGUCAAAUCGUAAGAGUCAAUUUAGCAAAACGACGUCUGAUGUUUGUGAUAAAAUUGACAACACAUGCUCAAACCAUAUCCAAAAGGUGGACAAAGCAUUAUCAGGUCCAGUAGGAAAAGCUUUAGAAACUUACACAAUUCCCUUUCUGGUCUUCGUAAAAUUAGUAGCUCUUAUUGGAGAUCUUCUUUUAGCUUUGUUACUGUUGGUUCUUCUGAUCAUCACGGCAUUAUGUGGUGUAAGUAGAAAUCUUCUCAUAGGGUUGAUAAUUGUGGCCCUUCUGGGCUGUGCAAAAUUAUAUGGAAACCGUGAACAUUUGACUAAACAGCUUGAAAAACUUACCAUGUUUGAAAAAUGUAAAAUGGCUUAUAAAUAUAUCAAACAAUUAAGUAAAGUAGUGCCUCACAGGCGUGUGAUAAUAUUGUUGAUAUCGGCUGCUCUAAUUGUUGUAGAAUUAUUCAAUCUAAUGUCAAGGCUGUUAACUCUAUGUUAAACAUUGGCCCUUCUUGGCGGCACAGCAUUAUGAGAUGUGCUGCUUCUAUCCUGAUGGAAUACAAGGAUCAUACAAAAAAAUACUGUAUACGUGGUUGAUUUUCAUUCAGAACAUUAUUGAGCGAAUGCAUGUGUAAUUUUAUCACUUUUUAUAUUUUAUAACAACAAUAAUACUAUAGAAAUGAAUAGGGGCAAACACAAGGCUGCAUGCAAAGGCCCAGAUUCAGUUCAGUGAGAAAAACUUUCACGUGAAAUUCAAUGAAAUUCAAUUUGUGUAGAAAAAAAAUGUUUCUCCUAAUUCAGUUCCAAUUUUUUCCCCAUUGAUUUUAAUACAGUCUUUGGCCAGAUUCAAUUCAUUGAGAAAAAGUUAUCUCAUCAUGGUUUAUCACAGGAAAAUGCACGGCCAAGAUUCAAUUUGAGAGGAAAAACUUCAGUUCCAGUUUUCUUCCGAUAGACUUCAGUAGAGUUUUUACGUGGUAAAAAGUGAGAUACGUUUUUCAGAUUCAAUUCAUUGAGAAAAAGGUUUAUCACGUGAAAAUUCAUGGCGGACAUUCAAUUUGAGCUGCAAUUUAAUUUUAAUUUAAAUCACAUGAAAGGCCAGAUUCAAUUCGUGUAGAAAAAAAAUGUUUCUCCCAAUUCAGUUCCAAUUUUUCCCCCAAAAAUUUUAAUACAGUUUUUGGUCAGAUGCAAUUAAUUGAGAAAAAGUUAUCUCAUGGUUUAUCACGUGAAAACUCAUGGAUGAGAUUCAGUUGGAGGAGAAAAAUGUUUCUCCUUAUUUAGUUCCAGUUUUUUACCCAUAGACUUCAAUAAAGUUUUCACAUGGUAAAUAGUGAGAAAUGUUUUUCUGAAUUAAUUUGCAUCUAAAAUUGAAGAGAACUUUAUGUUUUUUUAUAUUUUUUCUUCAGUAAAUCUGCGCCGGUUCUUAGGGCGCACGCGGCACGCCUCCUUGUAAUUUAAAGGCGCACUGGCGUGAUAACGCCAGCGUGCAAUGGCGCGAAAUUUAAAAGUAUUUAAAGGCACAUUUUCUUUUUACACACUGCCCGUUAUAGGUUUUGUUACCUUGUGGUGUUUGAGCUUUGUGCUGUUCUGAAUCAUGAUCUGAUCCUGUACUUUGACGCCUGCCUGAUUAUAGAUUAUCCUGAACUCUAGUAUCCUGACCCUUGCCUGAUUACCGACUACCUCUUUUGCUAAUCCCUUCUGAUUGAUCAAAUGGUUUGACUUUUGCCUGCCUGACAACUCUUGUAUUCUGCCUGCCCAGACCCGGCUUGUUCUGACUACGAUUCCGUCUCACGCCUUGUACAGUGACCUUUGGCCCAAAGACUUUGCUAUCCGGUUGUGCCCCUCUGCUUGUCUAGAACCCCUCGCCUUGCACCUCUUGUUUUAAGACCUGGCGGCAUCUGAGUAGCCGAGGGCUCCUCCCUCCUCGCUGCUACAGGCAGAGGCACGAGCCGAGACCAGGGUGCUUGGCAUCGGUUCUAGAUUUAGGGUGCCAACCGUUACAAUUAGAAGUCACCGAGGCGUUCCAUGACCGAAAUUAGUAUUUGUAGUUACUAACAGUUUUAAAUAAGGAAUCAGAUGUCAUACUAUUUUCCAUGUAUAAAUAUUUUAUUUUUGUAGUCAUAGAAGUCAAAUUGUAUAGCAGUCAAUUGUACUUAUUAAAGUCUAUUAAAGUGCCUUCUAGACUGAGAAGAUAAUAAAUGGUAAAACAAUA